UACAAUAUAUGGUCAAUCUAUCUAUUUUCAAAUGCAUGUUAAAAAUCUGAAGCGGUUUUAAUAUUUAAUAGCCGAUGUGCUUUUCACCUGCGAUUAGAAACGCAUUUACUUACAAUAAACACUUGCAGUAAUCACAGAGGAUUUUUACGCGUUUUCCACAAAUCUAGCGUAAAAAAAAACAAGUUUACGCUAAGCAGUGAUUCUCAAUAAAUAAAAGAAAAAUGUUUUAUUUGUUUCAUUUUGUAGCGUUUGAGAUCUAGUUUCACGAAAAAGAAAAAGUGUGUCGAUAAUUGUCCUCAAAACAGUCCUAAUAUUUUGACCUCAGUUCUUAUCCUCGAUUUGCCACCUAUAUGGCGGCCGAAGGAUUAUCAGAGGAAGAGGUUAGUGAGUACCAGACGGCGUUCUCUCUGUUCGACGAGGACGGGGAUGGCACCAUUACCACGAAGGAGUUGGGCACCAUCAUGCGACAGCUCGGCAUGAAUCCGAGUGAGGCGGAGCUGCAGGAGAUGGUGGACGAGGUGGACGAGGAUGGCAACGGGGAGAUUGAUUUUGACGAAUUUCUGAGUAUGAUGAUGAAAAAGAUGAAAGAAACAGACCACGAGGAAGACUACAGACAAACAUUCCAUAAAUUUGCGGACGUUCACACGGGGGGCUAUUACGUCUCAACUGAGUCGCUGAAGAAAGUGUUGGCGUCUAUGGGGGAGAGACUGACCACGGAGGAGGUUGAGCAGAUGAUGCUCAUGGCCGACACCAAUAAAGACGGACUACUCCACUACGAGGAAUUUAGAGACUUCCUUGCUAGCCUGUGAUACUUAUUUUAACCUUUGUGCUAAAUGUAAUAGUAAACUUUUAUGGUAACUUAUUGUUUAGUGUGCUGAAUCAUGUUUCAAAAGUGUCAAGUUAUUACAAUUAAA